CUCUGAGUGGCUGCGGCGACUUCCCCUCCCCCUGCGCCGUGGCGGGGCACGCGCCUGGGCGCGCACCCGGUCUCGCUGUGUCUCGCACUCUCCUGGGACUCGCUUCUCCUUUCUGCAAGCUGGGACUUGCUGCCCUAGUCCCCGAGGGCUCGUAGUCGGAACUCGAACACGCUGCAACCAACUCUGGCAAGCCAGUUUGCUGGAUCAGACUUGGCUCCCAGCCUGGGCCAGGUGACCACCCCUGAGCGGCCGGGCAAACGGAGGGGAAACUCGCGCAUGCCUUGAUGCUAUUGGGUCGCCAAUGGUUCAUUUCAGGUCACUUGGUCAUUCUUCUGCCUCCAGCAGGUCUGGUUGCUAGGACUGGAGACAUGAGAAGCAGGUAGACUGGCUCCUUUGAUCCCACUCAGUACUCCUAAUCUCCAGUGGCCAGAGCACAAAGGAAAGAGGACACCUGUGCCCCUCCAUCCAACUAUGAAAAACAAAAAAGUGGCCCCAAGAAAUUUGAAUUUUCCCGGGAAUCUCAAUGCAGGGAGAAAGAAAAGGCUGAAGCCUGGUGCCAGCCAAAGAGAGCUUGUCUCUCAGGAAGAGACUUCGCAUGGUUCUGGGAAACAUACUAGAGAAACUGAGAAUUUGUUCCAUACCCAGGUUUUUACAAUUUUUCCAAGAUCUAAUCCUGAUAAGGAAGGACCCUAAUGUGGUGGUGACUGACAUGCAUUUUGGGACGGUUCCUGUGAGGCUGUUCAAGCCCAAAGAAGUGUCUUCCAAAUACAGGAGGUGUAUUAUAUUCUACCAUGGAGGAGGUGCAAUAUUUGGAAGCCUAGAUACUUACCAUGGCCUGGGCAGCUUCCUGGCCCAUGAGACAGACUCAUUGGUGCUGUUGGUGGGAUACCGCAAGCUUCCUGACUACCAUCACCCUGUCCUUUUCAAGGAUUGCCUGAAUGCUACUAUCUACUUCCUGAAGAACCUGGAAAUUUUUGGGGUAGAUCCCUCCAGGGUGGUACUCUGUGGAGACAGUCUCGGAGGUUGGGCUGUGGCCACGGUCACCCAGGUCUUAACAAGCAUGCCAAAUCUACCUCGAAUCCAGACUCAAGUCUUGAUUUACCCAAUUCUGCACGUAAUCAAUUUUCAGUUACCAUCAUAUCAGCAAAACAAAAAUGUGCCAUUUCUUACCAGCGACAUGUUGCUUAUGUGUAUUUGUAAAUACCUGGCCAUUGACCUCUCUUGGACAGAUGCCAUGUCUACAGGUGCAGUUAUACCUCUGGACAAGUGGAAGAAGUACAGGAAAUGGCUCAGCUCUGAUAACAUCCCCGGAAGGUUCUGGAGACAAGGCACACAACCUGAGGUUUUUGGACCUUUCAAUGAGGCUGCUUAUCUAGAAACCAAACAUGUGUGGAAUGCAGAAAUUUCACCUCUCCUAGCAGAUGACAAGAUCAUUGCUCAGCUUCCUAAGACAUUCCUGGUGAGCUGUGAACAUGAUGUUCUCCGAGAUGAUGCCUUGCUCUACAAGAAGCGCUUGGAAGACCAGGGGAUUCCUGUGAGCUGGUACCAUGCGGAGGACGGCUUUCAUGCAUGCAUCAAUUUGUUUGAUAAACAGCCUUUCUCUUUCCCCUGCUCCAUGAAAGUUACAAAUGCUGUUGCCCAUUACAUAAAAUACAUGUGCUAGUAAAAUUUUGGGUUUUAGUGGAGUGGGUCAAGGAAUACCUAUGCAUGUACUCAGUCCUUUGCUCAGGUAUGUAUUUUAGCAAGAGGAUAUACUGAAGACAUCCAUGACUCACGUUGGAAUUAGAUGUGGACGCAGAGAACUCUGCUCAGUAAGUCAAAUUUGUGUUCUCUCUUAUACCACAAAUACAGUGUGUUCCAUCCAGCCAUUCUCUAUACUACUUUUAAUAUGUAAAAGUUAUAUUGGAAUUAUAAAAUGCUCUUGAUAUUUCUGAAGAUUUACCCAGGCCUGUACAGAAUAGAUGCAGUUCAGUCAUACUGUCACUCACAAUGACAAAACACUCUUUGGACCUCACCCUGCUGAAGAAACAGUCAUAUUUUUGCUUCUAAGGGCAAGGUCACUGGUCGCAGCUCCACUUACAUUGCUUCCAUACAUCCUGAAGAAUGAUUUUCAAUCAAACUCUCCAAAGUUGCUAUUUGUAGGCUGACUUCUGUCAUGAUUUCAGUGUGAGUUUUCAAGAAGCAAUAUGUGGGGAGCUACAGGGAUGGGUGAGUUCUGAAUGCUGUGACUUUCCACUGGAAUUGCAUUUAUUAGAAUUUCUUUCUCAGAUCCCUGUCUACCCUGAGAUGGAUUCUCAUAAACACAUGUAUGUUGGGAACUCAGAAAGUCACCUGAAAUAAGAAAAUGUGUUUCUAGGUGUGUGAGGGGAUGAUUUCACAGGUCAUUCCCAGCAUUACAAAGAUCUUCACCCCACUGUUGUCCAGACCAUAAAAGUGAUGAGUUGCCAGCAUUCUUCUAUGUAACUUUAUGUUCUCUGCGAUCAGGUGUUGCAGGAGUUUUUGGCUGUACCACUUUGACCUCCUAGGUGGGUCAUGCUUCCCGGAACCCACCCAGGAAAUCUUUGAAUCUUUGGAAGAAACUUUUGCGCAUGCAUGCACACACACAC